UAUAUAAGCUGUGAAAUAAUUGUAGGUUUUAAUAAAGGCAUGACUUAAAUUUAACAUUUUUGUCAUGUUUAGCUUUGGUUAUUUCGGGGGGAAAAGUGUGUUCUAUAUAUUCAGGACUAGUAAAGUGUCAUAGUAUAUGCGGGGUGCAGCCUGGGAAUAGCAGACAGUUAUUUGAUAUCUUUCUGGAGUAAUAAGCAGAACUGUUCCUGAAAGGUGUACAUUUUGCUCGGGAUAUGUGUUAGAAAUAUGGAAAAUACAACACAAAGAAUACGUGUAAUUUAUAAAAACAGUGGCUUGUGCCUUCAUUUAGGAUUUAUUUUACUUGUUUUUGUGAGUUUUACUAACAGUACAGUUGUUGACAUUACCUUUAGCUCGUGCAGAUUAUUUUUCUACAAAGGUGUUCCACCGCGAGGCAUUUGGGGCCGCACAAUUAACGCAAUAUGCCAACGACAUAUGACCAACUAUCAUUUUGCCACGUUAUACAGUUCUGAGUUGAGAAUGCCAUUCUACUCGGCAUAUACACUGGAACAUUUUACUUGCAGCCAAGCUCAACCAAACAGAAGAAGUCGGUGGUAUAUCGAACCACAGCUCUCUGGAGCAAAUUUUCCAGCGGAAAUGAAUACCGAGGGUACCUUUGAAGACACACACAAGAGAGUGCAAGCGAUAAACAAAGAUUAUCCAAAUACCAACUUUGAUAGAGGCCACCUGAAUCCAAAUUUUUAUCAGUGUGAUGACAGUCGCACUGCCACAUUCACACUUACAAACGCUGUUCCUCAGGACCCUUGCUUUAAUCAACAGAUGUGGAAGGACAUGGAGGAAAUAUCAAAAAAUGUUAUGCAAGAAUUAUGCAGUUUCGAAGGCGCUAAAAGGUACUUUGUAACUGGUGCUUUACCUGGUUCUGAAAGGAUACCGUCCUUAAUAGAUGACACGGAAGGCGAUCGGCACAGAGACUAUGACAGAGUUACUGUUCCCAGUAUAAUGUGGACAGCUGGUUGUUGUGACUCAUCAGAUGCUGUAAAACCAGAAGAUAAGGAUAAAGGUUUUUCCUUUAGUUAUUACGGUGAAAAUGUACCAGAAUCAUACGUCAUUCCGUACAAUGUUGUAGAUUUAGAAGUACGACUUGCUCUAAUUCUUGGAAAUGACACUUUUAAAAUUUUUGUUGACGACUGCUUAUCUCUGUCAGAGAACUCAAAGAAGGCAAGAGCAAAGUUGGCUGUUCCUGUUGAACGUCAAAUAGCAAAGGACCUUGAGAGCAUGAGUAGGACUAGACAAUGGGCAGUUCCAUCGUCUCAAACUGAUGUACUUAAUUCUGCAAUAAACCUCUUAAACGGAAAUGUACCGAUAUCUUUGAAAUUCUGGAAUGUUGCUGAUGCUGUUUUAGGACUAUUUUUGAAACGCGUUGACAUUCAAAAAACGCGAGAUUUGUUUGCCAGCACAGGCAUGACGCCUAUUCUUACCGCAGACCAUUCAAAAGUUGCAGCCAGCCGAUCAGAUAUAGCCGAUCGUUUAGUGUCUGUGAAUUCUACAAGUGGAAGUGUGCUUGAAAAUACGCUGACACGAAAACCAGCUAAUAGUCCUAAAGGUAACGGUACAGAAAACGUUACAGAAAGGAACUCAACACUUGAUACUACAGGAAUGAUCAACUAUAUUGACAAGUAUGUUGUUGUUUCAUCCACUGAAAGGACUCUCACUGCAACUGGGUCCAGGUGCAGGCAAGAUAAUUCCUGCGACUAUAAUGGUCAGAACUACAAAUGGUGCUACAUCGACUGGAGUAAUAACUGGGACUAUUGUUGCCACAAAAAAUGCGGGUUCGAGCAAAAUACAGAUUAUGCAUGGUGCAACACAAAUGACGCCAAAGACUGGGCGUAUUGUUCAGAGAGAAGUUCGAUGAUAUCUGUUAAAGGCAGAAAAUGCAUCCCUGGCCAUGAAUGUGGGUUACAUGGCGCCAAAAUCCAUUGGUGUUACACAGACUUUAACAGGAAUUGGGAAUAUUGCUGUCAACCUUGGCAUGAAUGUGCUAACCACAAUGAAAGCUAUAAAUGGUGUUGGGUCGGAAGGCAGAAUAAGACGAAAUGGAAAAAUUGCGAAUACUGAGCCACUAUAGAGCGAAAGAUGAAUUAUGAUAUUUUUCACAAUAUGUUAAGUGAAAAUAUGUUUAUCACCUUUCCAAUGAAAUCAUUUCCAUAGUUAAAACAUGUAUUUGGUCAAUUGGGAUAUGUAAAAUACAGAAAAUAUUAUAAAACACGAAUAUCUUCUAGACUAAAUCCGUAUAGAAAUUUAAUUUUCUUUUUCAUUAAAUAGGAUAUGGCACGAAAAAUAUGGUAGAUUCAAACAGUCCUCAGCCUUUUUCUACCUUUUUUUUUUUUGCUCUGUAGAGCUACUUUCCUUAUAUUUUCUCAGUUUCAGCUAAUCUGGAAUGUGUAUGUUUGACUGAAAAUAUUUCUCUUGCAUCAAACAUAACCCCCGCUUUUCUUUUGAUUUUUUAUUCAGCACUGAUAAUAUUCUUCAAGAAAAUGUAAGUUACAGACAUUCUAAUUUGGUCCUGAUGUGUGCUGCAGCCAUUGGAAAUAUGUCAAUAUGUCAAUUUUAUAUAGUAUAAAGACGAACAGCUACUUGGUGUGUUAUUGUUCCUUCUCUUAAGAAGGAAUAUCUUAAUUCGGUAAGUGACACGUGACUGAGCUACUGAUAUCGAAAGCUGUUGUAAUUACAAGCUGGCCAAUUAAACUCCGUGACCUUAGAAAUAACCUCUGACGUUAAACUAUUCUUUCUCAAUUGAGGCGACUCUCUGACUGAACGCGUUCCAUAGAUUACAUAAUACUAAACACAAGGAUGAUUGAUUGAUUCCUUUGUUUCCUGCAUUCUUGAAGAACAUAACAUAUGUACAUUCAGUCGACCAGAUAGACAUAUAUCAGCAAAUUUAAAUGUAAACAACCAAAUAUUAUCGUUAUCUUCAAAUGCACGGUUAAUAUGUGAAAACAAACCCCAUUCUAAUUAUGCGCAACAAAUUCACACAUCGAAUCAUAAUGGAUUGACCGGGUCACUGUCUUAUUGCCGUAUUUACUCUACUGAAAGUGGUAACAGAUUUAGUUUGUUGUUGGAUUUAACAAUUUAUGUUAAAUAUGACUGCAGUGCACGUCAGGACCUAUUUUAAAUGUCUGUAACUUAUAUUUUCUUGCAGAAUAUUGUCAAUACUGAAUAAAAUGAAAAAAGAAAGCAGGGGUCAUGCUUGAUGCAGAAAAAAUAUUUUCAGUCAGCACAAACUGCAAAAUUAGCUAAACAAUGAGAUCCCUAUAGUGGUAGUGGGUGAUCUAAGUCAACAUGACACAUUCUGCAUUGUUAUUAUUUUAUUAUGAAAAUGCUACCUACAUGUCAAGCAUAGAUCUAUCAUUUGAUUUCAGCAAAUAUUGCAAAUAAAAUAAGAAAGAGCAAAACAUGAGGACUAUGUGAAUCCGUCACUAUGCGACUACGAUUUUUGACCAUUUUCUUAUUAAGUGCCUGUAUGCCUAUAAGAAAAACUUUUCUCUAAGAUUGUGCCAGUUUCAUUUGAAAUGUACAAACAACCUAAAUACAAGGUUUUAGUUUAUACCAACAAUUUCUAAAGGUUUAUGGCAAUUUCAGUAACGUGUGAUAACUCGUCAAAUUUUGGCAAAAAUAGCUGUCACAACAUAAUUUUCAAUCAGCUAUCAUAACUGUAGCCUACUUCUAAAAUGUCGGUGAUUACGUCAUUAUAUAAGUGACGUCAUUCCAAAUAUGACGUCAUUAAAACGGUUGUCGCACACUUAUUUUUGUAAAAUAAAUUGCCAAAUAUCGGAAAAUGAAGUAAUGACAAGAUAAAUAGAAUAAUAGGUUAGUGCCUAAGAUGGAGAAAGUUUAUCUGGCUCGGCCCCGGACGUUAUCAGGUUCGUAAUGACGUAAUCACCGACACAGUAAUGUAGUUACAAAUAAAAAUCUCAAUAACUUCUUCGUUUUUGAAUAAAAACUCAUUAUUUGACCACUCAUUUUCUUAGUUCGGACAUUUCCAACACAAUGGUGAUGGUUUCAAUGCAAAAUUUCUUAUGACAACAAUAUCGAUCAUAAGGUCACGUGUCAACAGACGGUAUAUCAAAAAAGAUAUACGGUACCCUGAUAUCGGGUCGAAAAUACUGCAAGUGACAGGAUAAUGUACAUAAGUUCGUAACAUUGCAUAAGGUCUGUUUAGAAUGUGACGUGUUCUGACUUUAAAGCUAGUGAUUUAAUUCUGUUUUUUUUUAUUUAUUUAUUUAUUUGGGUUUUACGGCGCACCAACACAGUAUAGGUUAUAUGGCGCCAAACAGGACUACAAAUUUUGGUUUCACAUCUCAUAAAAUUUACAUCGAAAUAAAAACAUGAGGUAUGUAAUCAAAAUUUGCAUACCUGCUGGAAUCACAGAGUUACAGCAAAACCAAGUGUUAAGACCCUAUUAGUCGUCUCUUACGAUCCUGCAAGUGUAAGGCAGUGGUUCCAAUUCUUUUCAUACAGAUCGUCCCAGAACCACAUGCAUAUAUGUCUAAGAAAGAUGAUUUUUCACUUAUUUAAGCAGAUUAUGUUUAAAAAGAAAAUUCUGUCUCUUAUAAACAGUUCUAUGUGCAGUAUUCUUCACGUCGUAUUCAUAUAUUUGAUCUAUGUCUGAUGAUCUCCCAUAUCGAACUAUGUCACACCAUUUGAUACAUCAUAUCCCAGCACAACCAGUUUUAGACCGCUUAA